UUUCAGCGGCUGGGGGUUGACCGUAGCAGGGACGACUGCCCAUCGACACUCAAAAAAACCCAACCAUGUGAAGAAAGGUGUCUAUAAAAGGGACAGCAAACGGCAAGGAGAAAGGAUAUUUAGUUUACCUCGCCAAGCCCGGCUCUCAGCUCGGUUUUCGCGAAUGGACAAGAGCGGGAGCGGAGCAGGACAGCCUCACCACUGACGACAGUAAGAGGUGUCAGCAGACGUAAAUACCAUGCCGACAAGUGAUGGUCAGAGCCGCUUCCCGGUCUUUGUGGCUCCCCCCCAAGGCCACCACCCACGAUCUCCUGGUUAUGUUCCCGGGCGGGUGGCUCCAAUCCGCUCGCCACCGCCGGCCAAAGCUCCGCCGCCGCCACCGAUCAAACCUCAUGGCCUGGUGCAACAGCAACAAGCCACAUUUAACCUGUCAGAGGAGAACCAUCGCAGAGAACAUGCUCAGAGUCUCCAGCAAAGAAAAAACACACUCAUCUGCUUGGGGGUGUCCAUGGGUGCCUUCCUGCUUAGCCUCAUACUUGUCCUUAGUCUCACAAGUGGAGACAUUUUAGAUGAGAAUUGCCCUGACCACAGCCCUUCCCUGAGUGACUGGAACCCUGGCCACCAACCACAAAAGGCCAUUGUUGUCAGGAGGGGAGAUUUAUUUCGAUUAGAGUCUUCAGCUACUUUCCAUUCACUCACCAUUCAAUCAGGAGGCCGUGUGGUCUUUGCAGACAACGCUGACGGCUCUAAGAACAUAACCUUGAGAACACGACAUAUCCUGAUUGAAAAUGGCGGAGCCCUUUACAUUGGCGCACCUAAAUGUCACUACCGUUCCAACGCUGCCAUCGCCCUAAUGGGGCGCUCUGACAGCAAGGAGAUUCCUGAAGUACCCGGUCUGGGCCGGAAGUUCAUCGGUGUCAUGAGUGGUGGAACUUUGGAGCUCCAUGGCACAGAGAGAGUCUCUUGGUCUUUGUUGACCCAAAGUGUGCCAGCCUCUGGCCUCAACACCGGGGGCUACGCCUUCAAGCGCAACUUCAGCAGAGGUAUUAACCUGCGCGUGGUGGAUCAGGACACAUCUGAAAUCCUACUCAAGGAACGUUAUGACACUCACGAAUUACGGAAUGACAGUCGACGACUCACCCUUCUGCUCCGCUCCUUGCCGGCUGGUCGCAUUGUCACGCUUGCUGUUGGCGACUCAGCCGUCAAAAGCCUUUUGGAUGAAACUAAGAAGGCAAUUGAAGAGACGCUUGGCAGCAGCUAUGUCUAUGGUCUCAAGUACAGGCAGGCAUGGGCUUUAGUGUCUGUGGUCGGCGGUGGUAACGCAUCAUGUUCCGAAGACGUUAGGGAACAUGAGAACCACGACACGGGUGGACGAGCUCUGGCAAGACGGGACUUCACCACCGUGAAUGGCGUACGCUUUUCAGUCACCGCCUACAGCGAAUGGAAGAACGGUUUCCCCAUCUCGGGCUUCCAAGUAGAUGCUGUAGACCAGGUGGUGCUGAAUCUCCAAGAUGAGGUGCAGCAGACCUGGCAACCCGGGAAUCAAAUCGUUAUUGCCAGUACUGAUUAUUCCAUGCAUCAAGCUGAAGAGUUUACCCUUCUACCCUGCCCUCACUGCAACAGCCGGCAGGUUAGAAUACAAGGCAAACCUCUUUAUAACCACGUUGGCGAGAUUGUUGAUGGGGUGGACAUGCGUGCUGAGGUGGCGCUGCUCUCCAGGAACAUUCUCAUCUACGGAGAAAUGGAAAACUCCUGCUACGGGAACAACUUAUGUCAGUUUUACAGCCAUGACACCUACGGAGGCCAUAUCAAGAUCUUUGGCAACUUCUCAUCAGUGCAUCUGUCCUACGUGGAGCUGAAGAACAUGGGCCAGCAGAGUGAAAGGAGCCGAUACCCGCUACAUUUCCACAUGUGUGGUGAUGUGGACCAGAAGGGAGGCUACCGGGAGCCCACCUAUGUAGAUGGACUCUCCAUACACCACUGCUUCUCUCGAUGUAUUACCAUUCAUGCCACCAAUGGCUUGCUGGUAAAGAACAGCGUGGGCUACGACACACUUGGUCACUGCUUUUUCCUGGAAGAUGGCAUUGAACAGCGCAACACUUUCUACCACAACCUGGGCCUGCUGACUCGACCUGGUACUCUGCUGCCCACUGACCGUAAUGAGACUCUCUGCCUCAGCAUCAAGGACAAAGUCUAUAAGGGCUAUACUCCCUCACCCAGCACUGAGUGCAAGGCGGUUUCUACAUUUUGGAUCGCUAACCCCAACAACAACCUUAUCAGUAAUGCUGCUGCUGGUUCUCAGGAUGCUGGGAUAUGGUUUGUGUUCCACAGCUCCUCAACAGGAGACUCUCACGGCUUGGUGCCAGAGACAAAAGCAGAGCUCACUCCCCUGGGAGUCUUCUACAACAACCGCGUUCACUCCAACUUCAAGGCUGGACUGUUCGUUGAUAAAGGAGUAAAGACCUCCAAUGCAAGUGCUGCAGACCCCCGUGAAUACUUGUGUCUGGAUAAUAAUGCCAGAUUCCGACCUCACCAGAAUGCAGAUCCAAGUCAACCACGAGUGGCGGCGGUGAUUGACACGCUCAUCUCAUUCAAGAACAAUGACAUGGGCGCGUGGAUAAGAGGUGGUGACAUCAUCAUACAGAACUCUGGGUUUGCAGACAAUGGAGUAGGAUUGUCCUUUGCCAGUGAUGGCAGCUACCCAAAGGACGAAGGCUCCAGUCAGGAGGUGACACAGUCUCUCUUUGUGGGCGAAAGUCGAAACCGGGGGACCAACGGAGGACAGAAUAAAUACUGGGGCUUAGGAGGGACAGAUGGCUUGAUGAGGACCCUCCCUCGAAACAGGACAUUCCCAAUCCGAGGCUUUCAAAUCUAUGAUGGCCCAGUGCGGCUCACACAGAGCACUUUCCGUGCUUUCAUCCCCACACCAGAACGUUACACCAGUGCUGUGGGUUUUAGCCUGAAGAACACCUGGCAGCUCACCCCACGAAACAACAUGUCCCACCUUGACUUCCACUCAACUGUUGGUCUCCGUGCAUUCUUUGGUCGGCAAGGGCAGUGGUUUGAAGACAAUGACCUGGAUGGGGACAAGAACUCAGUGUUUCAUGAUGUGGACGGCUCAGUGACAGGUUACAAGGACACCUUUGUUGGCAGGGUAGACAAUUACAUGAUCCAACAUCCUCUCUGUGUCAACAUGACACAAUGGAAUGGAGUGAUUUGUAGUGGCCGCUAUUCUCAGGUGUACAUCCAGACUCAAGGUGCUUCCAGCCUCACUCUGUCCAUCAAUAGAGACGAGUACCCCACAGCUCCUCUGGUUCUGAGGGGCAUUAACAGCCAGGGGGCGCCGUCGCAACAGUAUCAGCCUGUCUUGAUGAUGAGCAAGAGCUACACUCUACACUGGAGUGGAACUGCACCAAGAGAGAUUGUCCUCUCCCUCAUCAACUUUGACAAAGAUGACUGGGUGCUGUUUGGGCUGUGCUACCCACCAGACACCACCUUUCAGAUCAUGGGCGACAUCAACGACAGGCAGAGCAACACUUUCGAUGACAUCACAGACUACGGGCCCGUGUUUUCUCUCAUUGAACUGGAGUCCAAACCGUUGGAGAGGAAGUACUUCUUUGACCAAAAUGUUGGCUUGCUGUGGCUCUACCUUCGGGCCCGCCAUGGUCGUGAUGGCCACAGCUACUGCUCCUUCAAAGGGUGUGAGAGAGUAAAAAUCACAGCUACAACAUCCUCCCAGCAGACCUGCAACUGCACAAGCAAGGCCUAUCCAAAAUACACCAAAAGCCCCUCGGCUGUAGUGCUGAUGCCUGCUCAAAACACACAACCCUGCAAGGACUGUGGAGCCAAACAGCAUGUGUUUACUAGUGAGCCGUGGAUGCCCUACCUCCAAACACAAGUCAAGUCUCUCAGCUUGAAAGAGCAGCAAAAAGGAGACACCACGUCGUUUAUUGCUGUGAAUAAGGAGAUGAUGCCCUUUACUGAGCCUGGCUAUUUUGUCGUUUCUGUCGAUGCCUGCUCUGGCAAAGUCACCAAAAAGAUCUCAUUUGCUAAGAUGGAUGCCGAAAUGAAGCAGUACCUAAAAACUGGCAUACCAAAGAGGUCCAUAGUGCUGAUGGCAACACGAGGUCAGCCUGAAGGCUUGCCUGAUGUAGCGCCAUAUCUCACCACCUUAGGGCUGGCCAAGGCUGCUGAUCUGCACAAUAAAGAGAGCCUUGCAUUGUGGGCUUUCCAGAGAAGCACCCCACCCCCUCCUUGGGUUUGGCUCUAUGCGGGACAAGGGGACAACAUCCUGGGUUUACUGGAGCGCUAUUUGCCACUUGGCCUUGAAGCAUACGGCUGCUCACCAUCUGCAACUCAAACCGCACGCAAAGACCUGGAGCUGCUCAAAGAAGCCACGGGACUUCAGUAAACUAAUGUGAACUGUACAGCACAAAAAACACUACUUGCACACACACACACAACACACACAACUGGCUGAUGAAUGUGAACUGCUGAACUUUUUAAUUUAUUAACAAUGGAAUGUUUGGGAUGUAGAUUAUGUGUGUAUGUGUAAGUAUGCCUUGGGCCAAUAAGUCAAUGCACUUUUCUUUUUUUUAAGCCAAAGUCACCGAAUAUACAUUUUUUAAAUGAAACAAGGCUGGUUACAAACAGUGGAGAAAGAACAAAUCAAAGCACCUGUCAGCAUUUACCUACCAUUUAUAUUCCUUUAUGAUGUAAUAACUGAAAACACAAAACUAAUCAGAGAGAAAGGGCACUAUGCAUUAGUUCCACUCAGACUGGAGGUAAAUAAUGACAAGAACUUAGCGCCUCAGAGAAAACAUAUUUUGACGGGGAGCAAAACUGGAAAGAUGUUGAUGCACUCAGGCCAAAGUCAAACAUGUUUAAAUUACCUUAAUACCAUUGCGUCUAAGAAUGCAACAGCAGUAUUUAAAAGGCUAAUAACAAAGCCAAUAGGGUCAGGUGUUUAUAAACAGCUCUAUCAGAUACAACAAACCGUAGUCACAUAGUCUUAUUUAAAUGUUUUUAACGUUAUUUUCUUACAUACGAAAUGAUGCUUAAACUUCAUUUUUACAGAAUGAAGCAUUUUGAUUUGCAAGUCUUUUAACUGGAGUACUCCUUAGAUCAUAGUGCAGCUGUAUCAAAAGAUAAGCACCUUUUUAUGAAUGGAUUUCUUUGUCUGUUUCCUGGAGUUGAUGGUGUUCAACGUGCAGGCCACAUGUGCAGCACAUAUACGUAUACAAAGCCUUUCUGCCUUAUAAUACAUACAUGUACAUGUUGGGCUGUACAGCAUAUGCAGUAAUAAGUUAAAUAUUAUUUCGCAGCUGCAUGCCUUGGAGGAUUCUUCCCUGUCUAUGUAAUCUUUAAAAGGCCUUUUGGAUGUGAGCAGGGCUCCCCCACUGAGCAAUGUGUGACUGUGUGUGAAUAUGACUGACUGACUGGCUUCAUGUGUGGCCUUGUAACCACUCUACUGUUUAAAAAGGGCAAAUCCAUGAGAGACUAAUGUCUUUUCUUGUAAUUAUAGUGUCCUUCUGUACAUGUACUGGGCAGACUGGUUGUCAGUAGUGUGUUAUUUGUUUUUUUUUUUUUAAUAAUCAACAUGGAUACCUGAAAUAAACAUGUAUGCUUUGUGAUAAAA